AGCCAAUGCCGUGUCACGUUUGUAAUACGUUUCUUAGCAUUAGUCGCAUCCGGGUGAGCACUUUGUGGUUCCCUCAGGUUUUUACUUUGAAGCUUGGCUCUCGGUCUUCAGGAUGUACGGAUCCUUUCGGGUGUUGUUGCAGGUGCUGUGGGCCCAGCUUCUCUGUGGGUGGGUGCUGGGCUCCGAGCUAACUUUUGAGCUACCAGACAACGCAAAGCAGUGUUUCUACGAGGACAUCAUCAUCGGCACAAAGUGUACACUGGAAUUUCAGGUGGUGACCGGUGGCCAUUAUGAUGUGGAUUGUCGUUUGGAAGACCCAGAUGGCACUACACUCUACAAGGAGAUGAAGAAGCAAUAUGACAGUUUUACUUUCACAGCCGCCAAGAAUGGCACCUACAAGUUCUGCUUUAGUAAUGAGUUCUCCACCUUCACACACAAGACGGUUUACUUUGACUUCCAGGUCGGUGAUGACCCUCCUCUGUUCCCCAAUGAGAACAGAGUCACUGCUCUCACCCAGAUGGAAUCAGCCUGCGUGUCCAUCCAUGAGGCGCUGAAGUCCGUCAUCGACUACCAGACACACUUCCGCCUCCGUGAGGCCCAGGGACGCAGUCGGGCAGAGGACCUCAACACCCGUGUGGCGUUCUGGUCCAUCGGAGAAGCCAUUAUCCUUCUGGUGGUCAGCAUCAGUCAGGUGGUCCUGCUGAGAAGCUUCUUCUCUGACAAGAAGACCACUACAACACGAGUUGGAUCGUAACACUCUCUGAACCCUGGGAUCUGACUCAUCACGUCUUUAUCCGUACCUUGGCUCGUGUGCUUAGAGUGAGUUAGAAUAUCAGUGCUGAUCUGAAAUUGGAUCAUAUCAAACGGCCAGGUCGUACAAUCUGACAUGUCAUUUUCAUUCAGCACUGGCAUUCUUACCAACUUUAUGCAAAUGAGUGUUGAGCAAAAAGGUUAUCUGUGUUUAAAAUGUUUUUGAGGGGUAAAAGAGAAAGCUUGGAGAAAGGCUUGUUUAUGUCGCUUGUAACUAUCUGUAUUUGAGGCAGUUCAAGCAGCUGGUCAUAUAGUUAAAGUAAACCUUAAAUACUUUAAAUAUUUGAAAUUAUUUCUAAAUGUGUUCUUAUUUUAUUUGUGUCUUUUUUUACCCCCAUCAUCUCAUACCCUCUCUCCCCCUGAUCUGUUCCAUUUUUCAGCCCAAACUGUGCACUGAAAGAACCAAGGGGGUGAAAGUUUUGACUUAAUGUGUCAUGUAUGGAGUUGAGAAUUUCUUUUCGUAUCUGCAGUUCAUUGGGUCUCUAAAACAAGGCAAGGCAAAGGAUUUGGUUAUUAAAAAUCUGUUGCAUUUUUUCUUUCUUAUUAAACCACACUGUAUUAAGUGAGAGACUAGAUAUUGUGUUUGCUUUUAUCAGCUUUGCCAUUUUAGGAGAGUUGAGAGGGGAGUGUGCUAUACAGAGAGUAAGCCAUCCUUUAAUAAUAGUGAAAUGGUUUGUAUUUGGGUUGAAGGAUUGAAUUUAGAGAUGCAGAUGGUUAAGUCAGUUUUUGCAUUUUAGAUUAAAUUUUCUAAAUUAUACAUUGGGGGAAAGUAAUGCGCCAAGUUGACCACACCUAGGUGAAUUAUUUCCUAAAACGUUCUAAUUAUAGGUUGGGUUUUCUUAAUAACAUCUUUGUGACUCAGUGUGGUGGGGGACAAAAAUAACUCAUAUUAUUCUUGUGUUUGAAGAUGACACAUUUUGGGUCUAAAGUGGCAGUUUUAUGUGCACCAACUUGUUAUGAAAUCUUUGUCUUUCAGUGGUUCCCUUGCAAUGUUAAAUCUAAUUCUGCCUUUGCUAUUGGAAGUGUAACAACUUGUUUAUCUUGUGGGCUGAUAUUGUCCUCUUUGUUUUUUACAGCACUGUUGUAAAAUUGAUGUUUUGCAAGGUAUUGCUUGAAUAUAAGAUCAUUCUAGUAACUUUGA